CAGUGCAUCCCCAUCCCCCACACAGUGGCCGUCUCUUCGGGUGAAAGCUGUCUUCCCAGCGCUACUGGCCCAACAAAACGCUGCUGUAGCAGAGCCAGUCCGCAACCGACCUGAGCAGAGCAAACCAGGCACAAGAGAGUGAGCACGUACACACACGGGAAAUCUUUUUCUUUUGUUCCACCGAGUGACUUUGAUUUGCAUAUCCACUUCCACUCCUUCCUCAUUUGCAUACAGCAAGAAUGGCGAGCGGGCAUCCCACAGACAAAUUCAGUUUCAUGUAUCAACCAGACACGCACAAGAGCAAGAACAGAUUAGCUUCAGCUAUGAAUCCAGUCUACAGCCCCGUUCAGCCUGGCACCCCAUACGGAAACCCCAAGAACAUGGCCUUUGCAGGCUAUCCAGGAGGUUACCCUGCCACGGCCCCCACUUAUUCACCCAACCUGUAUCAAACAGGCAGUCCUGGGUAUCCACCAGGAUAUACUCCAGCAGGCACCCCAUACAAAGUGCCACCCACUCAGUCAAAUGGUGCACCACCUCCCUACACCCCGACCCCUACCCCAUACCCGACAGCUAUGUACCCCAUCCGCAGUGCCUAUCCUCAGCAGAACAUAUACGCACAGGGAGCGUACUAUACUCAGCCAGUGUAUGCGGCUCAGCCUCAUGUGAUCCAUCACACCACUGUGGUGCAGCCCAAUAGCAUCCCCUCCACAGCCCUCUACCCUGCCCCAGUCCCCGUACCUGCUCCUCGCAACAAUGGCAUGGCUGCCAUGGGAAUGGUAGCUGGGACAACCAUGGCUAUGAGUGCAGGGACUCUGUUGACAACGCCCCAGCACCCACCUAUUGGAGCACACCCAGUUACUGUGCCAACCUACAGGCCCCAGGGGACACCUGGGUACAGCUACGUACCACCUCACUGGUAGAGUCCACCCAUCAUAUCUGGAGUCCACCAUCGUAUGCAACUGCUCAAAUCUUACACGGGCUCCCGCUGGUAACCAUGGGAACUCGGCACCUGUCUGCAAGAACAAAACUAAAGUGCAAAAGCCACUUUACUAUUAUUUUUAUUGUUACGCGACAUUCUUUAACAUUUUUACAGAAGCUGCUUUUUUUUUCUGUUCAUUUGCCAACCAGUCAUUACUUUAUUUUGUAUGUUUUGUUUUUUUUGUUUUUUUUUUAUUUUACUUCCUCAUUUUCCUUUGCUGUGUCUGUCAUUGGAACUCCAGAAGGACUCUUGACCAAUCACGGGUGUCGGUCGCUCCUGUCUCUGUGUUGUGCUGGUGUGUGGUCCUGCCUGCUGCUUCUCAGUUGGCUGGAAAAUAUUGGGCACUUACUCCUCAUUAUCAUCUCCAUCAUCCACUACAAAGACUUACUGACGUAUGCUGCCAAAUCUUUUGACAACUAGGUAUCAGCACAGGGUUUUAACAUGAUUAGGCGUUUUUAUUUUUGAGUGUUUUUUUUUGUUGGUGUUUUUUUUAACCACACUCAACCGAAUUGCUUGAAUUUUCCUUCUGGCUACUUUUUUUUUGCUACCUUGGUUCUCUUUGUCUUUUUUUAUCUGCUUUGUUUCAUUUCCAGCUUAAUCUCAGUCGUUUUCCAGCAUGUGGCCAUCUGUCUGGCAGUCGUCCGUCACUCACCCUCCUGUCAUUCAGUCUCCUUGUAAGCUGCUGUGUCGCCACGAGCAGAGCACUUACUGGCCACCAACCGCCCUGCUGCGUGUUCCACCUUGUCCACAUUAGCACAGCACCUUUAGAAAGCAUUACCUACUUCAUCCUACAUACUAUGCAGGCUAGUAUGUUUUGACACUAUUAAAACCUUAACCUCACCAGACGAUAUUUUCAAAGGUUGUUCGGGUCCCGUCAGCUUCUUUAUGUGGUUAGUGUAGGUUAAGGCAUUAAGAAAAUGUUAAAAAAAAAGUAUUAAUUAACCAGUCAAUGGCAUGGGGGGUCAUGCACACUGUCGCACACGAACAAGCAAGCAAGCAUGCUCGCUCGCAUACACAAACACGGGGGGCGCGUGCCGUGUGUUGCAGAACACGCGAUCACUUGGUGGCACUUAAUGUACAGCACCCCCCCCCCAGCUCUGUUGUUACCUGAUCGACACACACGUGGAUUUCUAGGGUGCGCAUUGGGCAGACACAGCCAAACAGAGAAGGGAGGUUAAAGGGACUGCGUUGGCUUUAGACGAGGAGAGCAGGAUGAGAUUUGGGGGGUGAGAGAGAGCAGGCGACAAGGGAGGUGGCGUUGAUAUUCACAGUCUGUAAUUUCAUUCCAAGGUACAUGGCGUUUAAAGUUUUGACAUCUUACCGGCAAGAAGCUGCACUCACACUACUAUCAACGUACAGCGGCGUUGAUAACUCACUCCUGAGUGUGUCAUUGUCUCCUCCUUCCUGCUCCCAGACGAGGACUAAUAAUCAAAUGCCGUGCCAACGGAAAACAGACUCUUUGAGGAUACAGUAAAUAAUGGAAGGCGACGGAACGGAUUUCAUCCACUCGUGCUAUAAAUGCGGUAAAAACACCCGAACGAGACGACACGGACGUGUUGCUCGCCCACAUUUAGGGAGUCAGGAGGCUGUCAUGUGCCCACAUUAAGUCCAUGUCACCGCAGCUCAUAAUUCUAGUCACAUUUUUAAAACUCUGUCGUUAAUCCUGCGCGAGAUUGUAACAGCACGGCAGGAGCAGGAGACUGCUGAUGCAGGCUCUCAGCUACUUGGGUUGAAAGGGGAGGCCAGGGAAGAAUUAGAAAAACAAAAAAGUAGUAGCACGACUUUUAAGGGCCAGUGACAGGCUUUUAGAGUUUUAGUAUUCAGUAUUAUCUUUUUAAGUCAUCACUUUGUUUACUGGGUUAAAUCUGCAAGAAUCUUUUUUUUUUUUUUUUUCUUCCAUUAGAGUCCAGCAUCAAUCUUAUUUAAAUAAAAACAGUUUUUACAUGGGGAUAAUAUACAGCUGUUUACUGUGAUUAUAUGUGAAAUGGAUAUUUACAUCCACACAGUACGAUGAUCCAUUUGAAUCAUUUGUUUAUUGGUCCUUGACUGGGGGUAAAAAUAAGAAGGGGUGGUUGGUGGAUGGAGUUGAUAAUUGGAGCGAGGCCUGUGGCGUUUUCUUUUGUUUUGUUUUGUGUUUUUUAAAAAAGGACUCAAACCACAUGUUACUGAUCUGUAGCGUACAGGUUGGUUCAUCAAAAAAGCAUUUACUGUGCCGGUAUGUAGAUGAAGUGGUUUGAUAUAUUGCAAUAAAACAAGAGGGGAUUCCUCCAGCUGUUUUUAAUUA